GACGCCGCCCCGCCGCGGGUCGGGCCCUGUGUCAGCAGCCGAGCGGGCGCUCGGGCGGGACAUGGCAGGCUGUGUGGCCCGACGGGCCCUGGCCGUGGGCAGCCGCUGGUGGUCUCGAUCGCUAGCCACGGCCCGAGGGUCGAGGCCGCUGUGUGCGGUCGGUGAAGCAGGGGCCCUUCCGCCGGUGGCCUCAGCGACGACGCGAAGGCAUCUGUCGUCCCGAAACCGUGCAGAGGGUAAGGUGUUGGAGACAGUUGGUGUGUUUGAGGUGCCAAAACAGAACGGAAAAUAUGAGACUGGGCAGCUGUUCCUUCAUAGCGUUUUUGGCUACCGAGGGGUUGUCCUGUUUCCCUGGCAGGCCAGACUGUAUGACCGGGAUGUGGCUUCUGCAGCUCCAGAAAAAACAGAGAACCCUGCUGGCCAUGGCUCUAAGGAGGUAAAAGGCAAGACGCACACUUACUAUCAGGUGCUGAUUGAUGCCCGCGACUGCCCACACAUAUCUCAGAGAUCUCAGACAGAAGCUGUGACCUUCUUGGCUAACCACGAUGACAGCCGGGCCCUCUAUGCCAUCCCAGGCUUGGACUAUGUCAGCCAUGAAGACAUCCUCCCCUACACCUCCACGGAUCAGGUUCCCAUCCAACAUGAGCUCUUUGAAAGAUUUCUUCUCUAUGACCAGACAAAAGCACCCCCUUUUGUGGCUCGAGAAACACUACGGGCCUGGCAAGAGAAGAAUCACCCCUGGCUAGAGCUCUCUGAUGUGCACCGGGAAACAACCGAGAACAUCCGCGUCACCGUCAUCCCUUUCUAUAUGGGCAUGAGGGAAGCCCAGAAUUCCCACGUCUAUUGGUGGCGCUACUGUAUACGCUUGGAGAACUUGGACAGUGAUGUGGUACAGCUUCGGGAGCGGCACUGGCGGAUAUUCAGUCUCUCGGGCACCUUGGAGACAGUUCGAGGACGAGGGGUCGUGGGCAGGGAACCAGUGUUAUCCAAGGAGCAGCCUGCAUUCCAAUAUAGCAGCCAUGUUUCCCUGCAAGCUUCCAGUGGGCACAUGUGGGGCACAUUUCGUUUUGAGAGACCUGAUGGCUCCCACUUUGAUGUCCGGAUCCCACCCUUCUCCUUGGAAAGCAAUAAAGACGAGAAGACACCACCCUCAGGCCUUCACUGGUAGGCCAGCUGAGGUCCUUGAGUGCUCAGGUUGGGCCCUCAGAACAGCUCUUAACCCAUAAUUGCUGCAGAACUCUAAAUCUCUCCCUAUUAGGGCCAAGUGGGCCUCUUUUGGGAUUGUUUUUGGAGGGAAUUAUAACUUUUCUUGGAAGACCCACAUAAGACUCCUCCAAGGUUGGCCCCUGCCCAGGCCCUGCCUACACCAUGUUCCAGCAAAACUGUCAGGGAACUAUGUUCAGUUGUCACAGAUUGUCUGGAAUGUGAGGUGUGGUCAAUAAACCAGUGCUCACUUGGCCAUGCUGGCCAUUUUAUCUCCAGGGUUUCAGGCUCCCUUGUUGGCCCUCUGGGAACUUUUGGUUGCUUUCAAGUCUCUUCUAGGGAGCCUCUGCUAGUGUGAAUUCCUCAGAGGCUGGGCAUCUCCUGGGGGCACUGGCUGACAGUAGGCUGUGCUAGACUAAGUUCUCAGUCUCUUCUUUACCCUCUGCCCAGUACAGAAGAGGCCAGGAGGCCAGCAUUUAGGGUUUGAGUAGCCUGACUGUAAACACUGAUUAGCCACCAGCACCUCUGGCUUCACAAGACCUGGAGAAGGGUGAGGCAAAACCAGUCAGGUUUCUUGGAGCUGUGGGCUUCUGAGCAUUGAGCAAAAGUCUGUCAGGCAUCCAGACCACAAGUGCAGGAAUUCAGCCAAGAAGCAGCUUAAGUUAUGGACAGUGACCAAGCCAAGCUGCUUUCCGAGCUUCUGUCAGAUCAACGGGAGGCAGAACUGGGCUGCACUUUGCAGCAGUUCUCAGGAUUCCUUCACCCCUGUAGUCACUGUUAGAGGUCCUUUCAUUCUCGCAUUAAACCUCAGUUCCGGUCC